AUGACAGUUGAAGAAUAUCAAGUUGGUCAACUUUAUUCCGUUGCUGAAGCUUCCAAAGGAGAGACAGGUGGUGGUGAUGGGGUGCAAAUAUUGGUCAACGAGCCGUUCGAUCAAACAACGUAUAAGCCUGAUCGCCCUUUAUUAAAAGGUGACCCAAGGUUCACCACUGGGCAAUACACCCAUAAAUACUACCACCUUGCGCACAAGGUACCAGGGUUUGUUCGUGUUAUCGCCCCUGAAAGUGCAUUCGUUUUCAACGAGUAUGCGUGGAAUGCUUAUCCCUACUGUCGAACUGUUAUCACAAAUAAUUAUAUGAUGGAGAAGUUUAGUGUAACAAUUGAAUCUCUUCACGUGGACUCCUUAGUAAAUAUAGAAAAUGCUCAUCAGUUAAGUCCGGAAAAAUGGGCGGAAGUUGAAGUGAUCUACAUAGAUAUUGGUGAUAUUUCUCAGGCAGACAAAGAUUAUAACCCUAAUGAAGAUCCUACAACUUUUCGCUCUGAAAAAACUGGUCGUGGGCCCUUAAAGCCGAAAUGGUGGGAGCAUCCAUCUGAAAAAAUAUUUACUGGAAAAAUUAUGGUCGCAUAAUGUCCGGUCAAACUUUAGUUGAAGGUUCCACUUGCUAUUAAAAUCAAAACAGGGCGUUGUUUUUCCUUGGUGGUGUAGAUCAAGUUAGUCAAGUUAAUUCAUCUAGGAUAGUAAUCAUUUGUGAAUUGCUUUAUUUCAAUCAGAUUAAUAUAGCAUAAAAAUUGUAAAUAAUAGGAAUCAAAGCCUACUAGCUAAGUUUAUGUGUCUGGUAGCUAGAUAGGGAGAACGAUACUAACCAGUUACUCAAAUUGAAGGUGAGUUUGAGAUAUGAGACUUGUUGAUUAAAAACCUAGUGCUGUAAACAUUAACCAACAGCUCCAUUUUUAGGUCUGUAUUUGUGUAUUAAUGUGUUUCAUUGUUCUUACUUUGAAACCAAAAUAUUAUAAAUUAUAGUAAACCUUAUUAUCUUACUUUUUGGUAUCAUUUGGUUUGUUGUAAAAUAAUCAUCCAAGUUUAUGUUGUACACAUACUAAGCGAAAUCAUUGGUUGGAAACUUUGAGUGGCAUCACUAUGAAUCAUUUUUCAUCUUUUAGAUCUUAUGUUAUACUGUCCCUUCAUAUAUACCUUUCCACUCUAUUGUUUCAAGCUAUAUUCUCUAGUGUUCAGUUAUUCUUAUUUUAUUUAUUUAUUUGAACACAUGAAUAUUAGUACAAAGGAGCAUCAAAUACAUGUGCGCCACACAAGUCACUUGAUAUAGGUGUAGGCUGUGAUACUGUCCG